AUGCCCUAUUCGAGAUUUGCUGUUGAUGCACUAGGUGUAAUUACUAUUAUACUUGUUUUGAUUUUGGUACUUGCUGGGUUGUUUUGUAUAUUGUACUUGAUAUACUUUCAUACGAAGAUUCGUGGGCAAGGUUACAAUCAGCUUGGCUAUUUUCAUGGUCCUUGGAUUAUCCGGAUUGUAUUUAUAUUGUUUGCAAUUUGGUGGGGAUUUGGAGAGGUUGUUCGGCUUAACUUGAUUAGAGGGGAAGGAAGAUUGUUGAGUGCUUUUGGUUUCAGAUGGCAGGAAACUGUUUGCAAGUGUUAUAUUGUUUCGAGCUUAGGUUUUGCAGAACCUUGCCUGUACCUAACCGUUGUGUUUCUCCUUCGGGCAUCCUUACAAAAGUCAGGAACUUUAAGCCAGAAAUGGAAUGGCAAAACAGUCGGAUACAUACUUCUUUUUUGCCUCCCAGUUUUUGCUCUACAGCUCGUGCUUAUUUUGGCUGGACCACAACUUGAGAAGAAUGGCUUGAAACACUUGCCAGAGUAUUUCACUAGUCCAGUCAAACAAUCUGAAGAUGAUGUUGCCCUGUGCACUUACCCUUUGUUGAGUACUUUCUGCCAUGGUCUUUUUGCCAUCAUGCUAACUUCAUAUUUGGUUGAAAGGAUAUGUAAUUAACUUGAAGAAGGAUACUUUUACCUUUGUUGUUGUAGGUGUAACUAUCCCCCACUGUAAUUCACUUAAUGCCUGGGAAUUUUCACCAUUAUCCCUUAUUUCUCAAGAAUCCUGUACCUGACUUCUAUUUGUAACAACAACUGGCUUUUUUGCUUUCUUCUCUUUUUUUCAAAAUGCAAACUGUUUCCUGAUGCUUCA